AACAAUGAAAACUUGAUCAGAUCAGAGGUCAGAGGCGUCUGCCGCCUCAACGGCAGCUUCACGAGGAAUAACACAAUAAAAAAGAAAAGAAAGAAAGAGAAAGAAGAAGUAGAAAAAUCAACCCAGCCCUUCGGAGCUCUUCCAGCGCGGGAGGUGAGGUCCCUGGUCCCCGGAGAGGAGCGGCGCUGGUGCUGCAGCAGCAGCCGCCGGAGGAGCGUCACCAGCGGCUACGAGCGGGAGUCUCAGCCGCAGACCUGCGUCUCCGCUCCGGUCUGUGCCAUCCGUCUCAUCAUGAACAGCCCGCUGAGUGGGGCCAGUAAAGGGACCAGUGCCCUACAGACAGAACAGACCUCAUCACGUCAUAGAUGCCACUCGCUGUCUUCCUCCCUGUAUGAGUGACCGUUUGGGAAACGAUAAAGCCUGAAUUCCUCUUAGAUAUAACAAAGGAACCAUGUGUCUACUGCGAUCCCUUUGUGUCUUUUGGCUUCUGCCCCUGACAUUAAUGCUUGAAGAGGACUCACAACUAGACUGUGUCCCACGCAGAACUGUGCCCUAUCAUAGUGACAAUGCUCUCCGGUUUCGAGAGGAGGGUGUUUUCAACUACUCCAGCAUGCUCCUGAGAGAAGACCUGGGCUUGUUGGUGCUGGGGUCCCGAGAGGCAGUGUUUGCGCUGGAUCUCAAAGACAUCUCCAAUAAAAUUGCCUCAGUUGAAUGGAAAGUGUCACAACAACAAGUGGAUGAUUGUAAACACAAAGGAAAAGAUCCAGAGACUGAGUGCAAAAACUAUAUCAGAAUCCUUCAUAAGAUGGAGGAUGGCAGGAUGUACGUGUGUGGAACCAAUGCUUUCGAUCCCGAAUGCAAAUACAUGUCUUAUGCAGGUGGAAGCCUAACGUUUGAGGGGGCUGCAGAGGAUGGAAAAGGGAAGUGUCCAUUUGAUCCUUUCCAGAAUUAUGCUUCCAUCAUGGUUGAUGACAGCCUCUACUCAGCCACCUCAAUGAACUUCCUGGGCUCUGAACCCGUCCUGAUGCGCAACUCCGAAGCGUCUCUACGGACUGAGUUUAAAAGUUCCUGGCUUAAUGAACCCAUCUUUGCCUCCAUGGCUCAUAUGCCAGAAAGUGAGCAGAGUGACGAUGGAGAUGAUGACAAGGUGUACCUCUUCUUCAGUGAGGCGGCUGUGGAAUGUGAUUGCUUUAACAAACUGGUGGUCUCCCGUGUGGCUCGUGUGUGCAAGGGGGAUCAAGGAGGUGAGAGGACUUUACAAAGGAAGUGGACGUCUUUCUUGAAGACCAGAAUGGAUUGUCCAGUACUGGAUUCCCAGCUGCCGUAUCUUAUCCAGGACUCGUAUCGCUGGUGUGAUCUCAGGCUGAACUGGAAAGACUGCAUUUUUUACACCAUCUUCACUCCACAAUCGGACACGUCUGACCUGUCUGCAGUGUGUGCGUACCGUGUGUCUGACAUCAGCAAAGUGUUUUCAAGCGGGAAGUACAAGACCCCAGUCCCCGUAGAAACCUCUUUUGUUAAGUGGGUGAUGUAUAGCGGAGAGGUUCCUGUCCCUCGGCCCGGAGCUUGUAUAAACAAUGAGGCCCGUAGUGAGGGCAUAACUCAGACUCUGGACCUCCCAGACCGAACACUUCAGUUUAUCAAAGAUAAGCCCCUCAUGGAUCAAGCUAUCCAGCCGAUAGGAGGGAGACCUGUGCUGAUGCGAAGGGGGGCGACAUUCACACGCAUCACAGUCACCCAAGUAGAAGAUGCAGAUGGAGAAAUGUCUCAUGUCAUGUUUAUAGGCACAGAGGCUGGCACAGUGCUGAAAGCUGUGAACUACGAUGGAGAGAUGUUCAUCAUUGAGGAAGUGCAUGUCUUCCAGUCUCCAGAGCCAAUAAAGAAUCUCAAGUUUUCCAAUGUCACGGGUCAGCUUUAUGCAGGCUCAGAUUUGGGAGCAGCACAGAUGCCGCUCGCUACCUGUGAGAGGUCCUUGACCUGUUGGGACUGUGUUCUAGCCAGAGAUCCAUACUGCGGCUGGGACAGCGUUGAUGGGAGAUGUGUUUUCCUUUCCUCUUCACAAAGACAACUAAUCCAAAGUGUGAAAAAAGUCGAUGUCUCCCUUUGCCCGCCGGUUGAGCGUACCGAGCCUGUGAUUCGGUCCAUCUGGCCCGGUGGUAACCUGAAGCUCAGCUGCCCUUCACCUUCCAACCUGGCAAAAGUCAGCUGGGAGCAGGACAAGAAAGCCCUGACGCCCUCCACUCGCCUGCAGCUUCAACAAGACGGACUGCUCAUUCUCAACGCUUCAGUUAACCAAGCUGGUCUCUACCGCUGCUUGAUUGUGGAGCACUUCAAAGAUAAAGAGUACACAACAGUUGGGGCCGAGUACCAGGUUCAGAUUGAUCCACGAGGGCCUGGCAAAGGUGGUGACGUAUUGAAUCCCCAGGCUCAGACCGAUGGCCCGUCUGUCGCUGGGCUGCAGGCUGGAGUUGGACUUCUUCUCAUUUUUCUUCUUGCCCUAUUGGGCUGGAACUUUUACAAAGGACACCUACCUCUGCCCUGCAUAAAGAAGAAGGAACAACAAUCCCAGCAGAAGCUUGACCGGGAAGCUCAAAGCUCCAAGGUUACUUACCGAGAUGGAGUCACGGCAGAGAAUAAGCACCUGGUGUCUGACACGCCGCACAGCGGCAGUAAUAACAACCACGCUGGUGGAGGAGGUCCUCUCCCCGACUCAGACAACGAUGGACCUGCCGUUAACCUACCGUCUAUGCAGUACAUUGAUGACGAGUCCGAAAUUUGAAAAUUAGACACCUCACUAUACCAGCAUACAAAUAUUUGGGUUAUCGUUUCUGUUUAUGUUAUACCUCCGUAACUAAAAGAGAACCUAAUUUCCAGAAGACGAAAUGUCAAAGAUUACUCACACUUCCAUAUUUUCAGCUUCAAAAUAACAAGACCUGCAGCGAAGGUUUGAGCAGCUUACCGGUACUAAAUGGGAACAGUAUAGCACUUCUUUAUGUGUCCCAGCUCCAAGGCUCUGAGAUUUUUGGGCUGUUUUGUGUGCACUUAACUUUGAUUUCAAAUAUUCUGUAUGCUUAGGAUGCGUGACUGGACGGGCCAAAUAUCUCCCAUGUUUUUUUUUGUCCAUUUUUUGUCCAUUAUGGAUUUUGAGCAGUGUUUAAGUUCAUAAUUCUGCUGUGGGAGCCACUUUUGUCCAGUUUCAGUUGUUUUACAGAAAGGUUUUUGUCUUUCAUUGCACAUACCAGUAUUCCUUUUGUAAAUAGAGGUUAAUGAGCUAAAAUCACUCAGGAUGCCCAAACUUUUGUUUGUGUUGUUAGCUGUUUAUUUCUUGACUUUAAAAAAAUGUAAAACAUUACAUUAAUCCUGACUGGAAAAAAAACUUUCACUGUGGGCAUCGUUGGAUGUAGAUGGGAAUGUUCCAGUCUUUUGUUUGUGAGCACAACUACUGCAUGUAUCAGUUAAUGUCUCAGUUGAGAUUAAAUCUGCACUUAAGAGCCAUUUACAGCAACAACAAAAAAAUCCACGUAAUUAAAAGUUUUGUUUUCAGAGUUCACUGUUGAGACUGAGCACAAGAAUAUGUAUAUUUGUGUCUUUAGUGCAAGUACAAGAUUUCUACUUUGCCUCUUGUUUUAUGUAUAAUUGUUAUUUUAAUGUCCAAGUGCAGUUACAAGUUGUUUUUUUUUUUCGUGAUUAAAAUUUAUAUAUUCUCACUCGGACUGUGCUAUAAAUGAAAAUGAGCAAUUUCUUUUUUCUAACAGCUAGUUUAAAAAACUUGUUUUUUUCCACAUUAAAAUGUGUUUUUUUAAAAUCC